CAAGAGUGCAGUCGGUCAAAUUUUAAAAUUCGCGAUUUGUGACGCCCGUUUGAAAAUUUAGAGUGUUUUUUGUGGAUAAACUCAAAAAACAUUGAAAUCUUUUAGGCGGAAAGAGGCCACGUCAUUGGCAAACUGUUCCAGUCAACUUCUCCGGAAUAUUCUAACAACAUAGCUUAACAGAAGACAUUCUUAGAAAAUCUCCUCACCGCAAGCAAACAGACGUCUUAUCAAUUCUGCGGGACAAUCGAUAAAUGACAAACGAGUGUAAUCAAUCCGAUGGCCGCCCUUCAGCAUGCGAACUUAUGGCAGGAUGGAUGUGGACGUCGCAAGGCGAGACCACCGAAAAUUGGAGACAUUCCAAGACACAGUGCCGUAGAUGUCGAACUAAAAACCAACGAAGUAGAAAAGAGUAUUCCCUUUAAAACAACCUUCAAAAAAAUCUACUCCCCUCAAGAUGUGCUUAGAGCUCAAGACGAGUAUACUCGUUCGUUAGCUGAACUCUCUUCGAGGGAUGACAAGCGGAUGAUAUCAGAAAAGAUCAAAGCUGGAAAGGAUGUACUACACACGCACACAGAAGAAAAAUCUCCAAAUGCUCAGAAAGAUGUCUCGAUGCCCCGAGAAAUCGAAUUCAGCCGAACUGCAGUCGAAGUACUCCGAGAACAAGUCGCGCGAGAAGUUGUUCUAGGAAAAGUUGACAGCUGUCAAACGGAUGAUAAAGUCAAAGGGCAAGUCGAUGUCAUCUCGAACAACCGAAAAACACGAGGACUUGGAGCUAGCGCACAUUUUCCUAGAGAUAGUAGUCUAACCGAGCCUAACCUUACGAAACCUGUGAUAACUAAUAACUCAGUGCCUUCCUCUCAACUUUUGUCUGAGAAUGUCUCCAGUGAGCAUGCUACCGGGCACAAUGCUAACAUGUCGGUCCAAUCGAAAACCUUUGUGGGUGCAGACAGUAGGCAUUUAUUUUCGAAUUGUCAAUUGUCUCCAUAUUGUAGCCCAACAAAUAGUCCUAGAAGUAGUAGAAAAAGGCAACCUUUAAGAGAGUCGCGAAGAGUUAGUAUAGAAAAAUCAGGAAUGUACCUGCAACUCAAUCAGUACAGACUCAUGGACAGCAUCGGUCAGGGAUCGUAUGGAAUUGUGAAGCUUGCAUACAAUGAAGAGGAUGAUACGCAUUACGCCAUGAAGAUACUUUCCAAGAAAAAACUACUUAAAAAAGCUGGUAUGUUCGGCCGUUUGCCACCAGUACGCAAAGACGGACGCUCGAAUUCGUCACCAAUCAACCACCCAUUUCAAAAAGUCUAUCGAGAAAUCGCCAUUUUGAAAAAAUUGGACCAUCCCAACGUUGUUAAAUUGGUGGAAGUACUAGACGAUCCAGUCGAAGAUCAUUUAUAUCUCGUUUUUGAGUUACUCGAAGGUGGGCAAGUGUUAGAGAUUCCAACCGAUACGCCAUUGGAUGAGGAUAAAGCAUGGACGUACUUUAGGGAUGUUGUUUUGGGUAUAGAGUAUCUUCACUACCAAAGGAUAAUCCACAGAGACAUAAAACCGGCGAACCUGCUUCUCAGUGAUGCGGGCCGAGUUCAGAUCGCGGACCUGGGGGUAUGCAACGAGUUCCACGGCAGCGAUGCUUUUCUUUCCAAUACCGCAGGCACUCCAGCGUUCUCAGCACCAGAAGCUCUCAACGAUCAGAAACAGGCGGGAUUUAGUGGCAAGGGUACAGAUAUCUGGUCGAUGGGAGUGACACUAUACGCCUUCGUAUACGGCCAAGUCCCCUUCUACGAAGGAAACAUCGUGGGACUCUACUCGAAAAUUAAGAGCCAGCCGGUCGUCUUUCCAGAAAAGCCUGCCAUCAGCGAGGGUCUUAAAGAUCUCAUCAGGAAGAUGCUUGUAAAAGAACCGACUCAGAGGAUCACUUUACCGGAGAUUAAGGUUCAUCCGUGGGUGACUCGCAACGGACAAUGCCCACUUCCAUCGGAAGAGGAGAAUUGCCAUUUAGUAGAAGUUACCGAAGAAGAAGUAGCUAAAGUCAUAACUUCGAUACCGAAGUUAGAUACUUUAAUUCUAAUCAAACAUAUGCUCAAAAAACACUCCUUCCAGAACCCUUUCCUUCAUCGUCGAGACACAACAGGCGUACCAGCAGUUUCACAUUCCAGCUCAGUGUCAACGCCACGUCAGCACAUCGGCCAAUCAGGUCGCUCUAACUCAGCACCUGGUAGUUACGACUGGCACCACGAAAAGCAGCUGAGCAUCGACUUGAGCCUAGAAUGCGUCGAGGAGGUGAGCGUGGACCAAAGUUUAGAGGAAAUCACCGCCAACGGUAGACGGCAAGAGGAGAAACGGUGAUAACGCUGUAUGUGGUGUAGGUUAGGACAAUUUUGGAGAAUGUUUUGGUGAAUGCGUGAGAGAGUCGUGUGAUGAGAGCUUGAUCUGUGAUGUUUGAUGUCUAAUUUGGUUUGAAUCUCGUUUAUUUGAUAUAUUGCUGGUCUAGCGGAUAGUUCAAAAUGGAGUUUUUAUUACUAGGAAUUUUUAUCGGACUUUCAGUCUAGGGGACAAAGCUGUUUUGAGACCGAUCAAAGUCCACGGUGUUUGAGUGUAUUCUCAUGUACAGUAUGCGACAAAAUAAACAGUACUGAAAGAAUAUUGAAAUGUUUAUGAUUAUUUAUAAAUAAGUAUACAUGGUACAGAUUAUUCACGGCGACGUUCCCGAUAAAACAGAUGUUAAAGAUGUCCUUUGGCACGAAAAAAUCUUUAAUUUUAGUUCGCAAUUCCGGAAUGAGAGACGGUGGAUAGGUCUGUUCCCUUCAGCAUUCCCUAUAUGUACGCAUCAGGUGGCGUUAGCUCUGGCGAGUAACGAUAUCCCAAAAUGUUCGUGAAGUAUUCGAAGAAACUCUCUCGCCGUAUGACAGGUUGCCCCGUCCUGCUGAAAUCAUUGUAGAUUUUAAGCCACAUGAUAAGUUCCCGAAACAAAUGAAAAGCGUUGAAAAGCCCUAUUACAAUACAAUUUGAUUUUUCACUGAGUAUACAUUCUAAAACCGAACAAUUACAGGCGUUUGAAACGCAUGUUGGGCUGCGACAGGGAGAUGCGCGGGCGUGUCUCCUCUUCAACAUAGCUCUGGAAAAGGCGGUCAGAGAUGUCCGAAUAUUUUAACAGAGGAAAUAUUUUUACUUAAUCAUCCCAAAUUUUGGCAUAUGCAGAUGAUGUGGACCUAGUUGGACGCACAACACGCAAGCUAGAAGAAAUGUAUACCACCUUCUCAAAUGCCUCAAAAAAUAUGGGCCUGUAAGUAAACGAGGAGAAAACUAAGAUGAUGGCAUCAACAUCCAACAAUAGAGCCAGAAACAUCGGUCACCAAUUCACUGUUGAUAACUCUACCUUUGAAGUGGUGGACAAAUUCGCGUACUUAGGCUCACUGAUCACCAAUGAGAACGUCAUGACGGAAGAAAUCAAGCGAAAGAUAAUCCUAGCAAACAAAUUCUAUUUUGGACAGAGUCUAUAUUAUGAGAAGCAGAAACUUAAGCCAAAAAACAAAAAUAACCAUAUACAAAACCCUUAUACAACCCAUGUUGACAUACGGAUCGGAGACAUGGACCAUCUCCAAGGCAGAUGAAAAGCUUCUGCUUAUAUUUGAACAAAGGAUUCUAAGAGGAAUAUUUGGUGGCAUCUGUAAAAAUGGAAUUUGGAGGAGGAGGUACAACUACGAGGCAUACUGUAACACAGUAAAGGAUUAGAAAGAAGAAGAGCUCGACACGUUAAAUGCCAAAUUAAACAAAAUAUAAAAAUAUACAUAGUGCUACCAAAUACUAUGGACUGUCAAAUACUACAGUCAAUAGUAUUUGGUGCUACUUAACUUUUUGAUGUACCUCGGUAGCUUUAAGGGCCGGUUGUUCGAACGCUAAUCAACAAUGAUCACUAUCAAAUAUUUAAUUACUGUCAAAACUGUUAAUGUCAACUUUGGUUGGGUUGCUAAAAACAUAAUUGAUUACAAUUCUGAGACUAUAAUCAAUUAAUAUAACAAUAAUUAUUAACAUAAUUGAUAAUAAAUCUCAUAAUUUUAAUUAAUUAUGUUUUCAGCAACCCAAACAAAGUUGACAUUGACAGUUUGGUGACAGUAAUUAAAUAUUUGAUAAUGAUAAUUGUUGAUUAGCGUUCGAACAACCGGCCCUACGUCUUUAGAGAUCUAGGGGUGUGGAUUCUUAAUAGAUGUUAAAUAAAAUUGAAACUCGAAAUGCUCCUGGGGAGCCAUAACAAAAAAAAUAUAAUAUAUGCUUAUUUAUAAAAAAAUAUAUAAAACUAAGAACGCCGUAUCUGUACUUACCGUAGGCUACUUUCAUGCGUGAUUACUUUAUGGGAUAGAGAUUGGUAAAGAAAAUAUGAUAAUUAAACACAAUUCUUAUUUUAUUGAAACAAAUAAAAAUUUAGCAAAGUUGUUAAAAAAAGUCUUUAAUCAUUUUACUAAUUGGCGAGAAAACGUAAGAGUUCAACAAUUAAAAAUAGCGCAAGUACCUUGUUGUGUUCUUUAUCCGUGGCUGAUCCAUAGUCCAUCCAUGCGGCAGUUAAAGUGUUAAGUAUUGUCCUGAUGUUACGGCACAUAACGACACUCAUUUUUACAGAUAAAGUACAGAUAUUAAUUAUAUUAGAGAUGAAAUUCCAUUGUUCGUUUAUUGGAUACAACACUUGUAUACUAUUGUUAUUAUUUAAACCUUAAAAAAAAACGAAAAACUUUUCGAUAAAAAACAAACCAAUGGAUCUGUUUAGUCCAUCACUAGAAACACAAAAUAUGGUCGAAAACCUAGUCUCUACGACCACAGCGGCCACUUAAGCCUAUUUCGGCUCUGAAACAAAAACUGAACUGAACUAAGUACAAACAACUAUCUCCAUUGAACUAUUAUCAACAAUUUUCUCCGUCAGCAAGUCAAAGAGCCUGAUGAUGGAAAGGCACCAGCUUCUUACUCUAGACUACCAGAACUGAUUUCUCUUCUAGACUACUCCGAACUGAUCACUCUUCUAGACUACUCCGAACCGAUCACGAGUAUACUUCGAACCCUUACACAACCCAAAACUCAUUCCAUCUCCCCAUUUUUCUAUCCUACUCAACCAUGUCCAACAUUCGCCAAUUUCCACUCUUAAUUUCAAAACGAAUAAAAAAGAUUUAAGCAAAUUUCAACCACGCCUUCAAAGGCAAUAACUCUUUCUCUCGCAAAUAGGACUAAGCCAAACGAAAUUCGGAUAGCUAUAUCUCAGCUCAAUACUUUAUCUGAUAUCUCUGAUAUCUCUUUUUCGCAACGUUCGCAAUACUGCACGUGUAAACUUGUUGUAUUAAAUAAACACACUCAGAGCCUCUUAUCUCUGCAAAGGAAUUCACAGCAUAAACAAAUCAGCUCCAAAACAUCAUAUUUCGGUCUCACAGUCGCCAAAAAUACAUUAGUAAACGAUUUACGAAUCCCGAUUCUUUUGGCGGUACGAAAUAUAUCGAGGUCCCUCGGAUAAAAGAGAUAUCAAUAUCCAUGACAAAAAAAUCAAUAUAACAUUGUGAGAAACGGCUUACGUAAUACACUGAAACACAAACAUGAUUAACGGACUGAGUAUACAGGGUGGAGCAAAAAUAAUAAUGACCUUCGGACCGUUACAAUACCACAGAAAUAAACAUAUAUUAGGUGGUAAAGACGUAGUAUCUCUUUCUCUUACUAGACGUAGAAUAAGAAGACUAAGAUUGGCAGGACAUUUAGCAAGAUCACAGCAGAACAACCCUCUUAGAAGAAUCCUUAUGCCACAACCCGUGGGAAGUAGAAAUAGGGUUAGGCCAGAACUCAGAUGGAAGGAUGGUGUAGAUGAGGAUGAUGAGGACUGACUGGCGAAGUAGACUUGGGAAGGUCGAGUCUCUUUCAUAGGACUGUAGCACCAUUGAUGAUGAUGAUGAUGAUGAUGAUACACUCUAAAACUCCUUGGACUUUGAUCGGUGUGAAACUACCCUGGUCCAUAGACUAAUUGUGUUCUUGGUAAUAGAUUUCAUAUUCAGUAGAAAAACUCUUUAAACUAUUUUACUAGAUCAACUAGCUACAAUUUUCAGUCUGUGUUAAAGUACAAUAAUUGUUUAAGCGUACGCUUUAUAAUUUGAAUGUUUAUAUACAUUUUUUUAUUAUAAUAUUAGACAAAAUCUUAAUUUUGUAAGUUUUUGGUUUUUAAAUUUUGAUAUAAAAUAGGUUUUUACUUUUUUUAAUGAUAUAAUAUAUUUAGGAAUUUUUAUUUUUUUACCCGUUUCAAAAUAUUCCUUGUUGUAGGCAACCAACAAUACACUGUUUAGGGUAUAAGUGUUGUGAUGGUUGCCUACAUUGGGUUACAGAAGUUCUCUAAGGAUGUACUUAUUUACACCUUGGCUAUUUAUGUACAUACUGUACAGCAUCAUCUACAAAGAAGCUUUAGAUUAUUGACUUUUUGAAGAAUUAAUGACAGUAACUCUUGGUGUUAUCGUCGUCCUAAUUUGUAAACUGCGUAACUCCAUGUUAUUUCUGUUCCUACUUAUCGUUUAAAAAAGAUCGCAGAUGCAUAUUUUUACCAGAUGAGUAAAUAGCGAUCUCUUCGUAUACACCGUAUCUCCCUUGCCGCCAAAUUUAGUACGAAAAAUACGUAACUCCUUGGUUUGUCAUACCACACGACUGACCUAUCACUGUCUAGAAAGUGAUACAUACCAUCAUAUCUUUUAAAAUGAGAGAUACGUAGUAUUCUGAGAGAUACGUAGUAUUCGCAUUAGUCUUUAGAAAGAUAGUUUUUUGUGUCUCCUGUAAAAUUUGGAUAAAUGGAGUUAGGCAGUUUACAGACUUGGUCGACGUUACGUUUUUUUGAUGAAUUUUCACCGUAUAACGAAGUUAAACCAGGAAACAAUGGAUACCUUCACUAUCUCUAAUAGUUGUGACACUAACAGAGUUCUAUAGUGUUUUGAUGCAAUAAUUACGAAUUAUUUCACAAAAAAUUGUUUUAUUGCAUGAAAAUGACACUUCUAAAAGUCUUCCCCUAGAGAAAAGUAUAAUGUAAGUGAAAUAUCUUCCAACACACCCUUAUACUUCUUUAACAUAUUUGAUUCCAUAUUUUGUCAAGAUACACUGUUACAGUGAGAUACAAACAUUUUUUUAAAUUUUCGAAUCAUAGUUGUAAUUACACUCUUGCAUUUUUAAAUCUUGAUUACAUUAACAUAUUUAAGCAAUAAGGGACCAUGUAUUGAGAUUGUAUCUGGUUUUUUUUUCAUUAAAAGUGUAUUUUAAAAAAUAAUAAACCAAAAAAUGUACAAUUUAGAUGGAUGGUAAUAGUCCCUGUUUUGUCGGCAACCGCCAAUCCACACAGGUGUUUUGGUGGUUGUCUACAUUCGGGAUGAUUCGGAUGGUAAUAGUCCGUUUUGUCGGCAACCACCAAUACACACAAGUGUUUUGGUGGUUGUCUACAUUCGGGGUUGAAGUACACGAUCUGUGACUAAUAUAAUUAUAGUUUAAUAGCACAUGAAAUUUUCAGUAAUAAUAUGCUAAUUAGUCCAGGGCGCAUCUGUUUUGAGAUGGCCGUUGAGAGGUGACUCAAAUUUUUUUGCAGAAAUUUCUUGAAAAUAACUCAAAUAAUAAUAUUUGAGUUAUCCUCCCACUCAAAAUGGUCCGGAACGUUUCGGAAAAAUAAUCAAAAUGUCAAAAUAUGAAGGAAAAAUUCGAUUUUUUUAUUGGUUUUUUGAUUAUAACUUUAAAACUAUUCAUUUCUGAGAAAAGUUGUACUGAUAUCAAAAGUUGCAUAAUUAAAUUUUCUACAAUAUAGAAUUGGUUAGAAAUUUAAAAAAUAGUCACCCUUGUUGCAAAAUAGCAAUAAUUGCGAAAAAACCAUACACAAACAAGUAUUCGCAUUUUACAUUUUUCAACCAUUUAUGCUCCACUUAGGACCUUCAUAUUUUACCCAGAAAAACUUUAUGAUAUAGUUAAACAACACUGUAAAUUUCAUUAAGAUCGGUUUAAUAGAUUUUGCAAAAUAAAUUUUGCAAUCCAGCUUUCGCAAAAAAAAUUCAUUUUUUUUAAUGUUGCAGGACUGAAAAUAAAGCAGAUAGCAAGUUGAUUUUUUUUUGCUUAUAGAAGUGUACUGUACCUUUCAUUUGCAAUUUGCAAAAUUAAAAUCGAUUAAUUAACGUCAGGAAAUUUUUUAAAUGAACAUUAAUUUUUGGUGCUAGGCGCAGGACAGCGGUGUUCGAUUCACACAAGUUGAUUUCCACCAAAAUUUCUUCCAAUCUUUAUCUAAUAUAUUAUUUUCUUACAAUUCCACAAAAAUCAAACUAAUUUUAUUAUUGUUUGUGAAAUAUUGUUUAAACAAUUGCUUAUGUUUAAAAGUAAUAAACUUUUAUUCUCUAAGUUAAAAUAUAUGAACAAAGAAAAUUUUUGCUAAAACAAGUGUUAUUUCAAAGGAUAGAGUAUGUGUUUUUAUUUUGCAAUAAACAAUUUUAUUUAUUUACAUCGAAAUGUAAUAAAAAUUAAAAUGUAUCAAUCAUUAUCAAAGGUCACUGGAAUGCCCAAUCAGAGCAAACUAUACGCUGUCCUGCGCGUAGCACCAAUAAUUAAUGUUUAUUUAAAAAAAUUCCUGACGCCGUGGUAGUUAAUCAAUUUUAGUUUUGCAAAUUGCAGAUAUUGACAGGUACAGUACACUUCUAUAAGCAAAAAAAAUUCAACUUGCUAUCUGCUUUAUUUUCAGUCCUGUAACAUUUUGAAAAAAUGAAUUUUUUUGCGAAAGCUGGAUUGCAAAAUCUAUAAAACCGAUCUUAACGAAAUUUACAGUGUUGUUUUACUGUAUCAUAAAGUUUUUCUGGGUGAAAUACGAGAGUCCUAAGUGUAGCAUAAAUGGUUGAAAAACGUAAAAUGCGAAUACUUGUUUUUGUAUGAUUUUUUCGCAAUUAUUGCUAUUUUGCAACAAGGGUGACUACUUUUUAAAUUUUCAACCAAUUCUAUUUUAUAGGAAAUUUAAUUACGCAACUUUUAUGUCGGAUCAACUUUUCUCGGAAAUGAAUACUUUUAAAGUUAUAAUCAAAAAACGAAGAAAAAAAUCGAAUUUUUUCUUCAUUUUUGAAGUUAUACUUCUUUAGGCGCGAUUGAAAGUAAAAUUUCAUAAUACUGCGCGCAUGCGCACACAGACAGUAUGUAGUUCAUUGCUAAUCUUUCAAGAUAGGUAUGUAUGUAUCUGUAUCAGCGCAAAUAAGUCAUUAAAAGAAUAUAUUAGUGUUUUUAGUAAAUGUAUUAUUUAUUAUAAUUUUUGUGUCUAUGGAUUUGUUACAGCGUUUGAUCAGAGAUCGGAAAGUCCCCGGUUCCAAUUCUGGACGAUUCAUAUUUUUUUCUUAAUUUUUGGUUGUUUUAAUAAAAAAUUUUUGAAAGUGGUAGAUAAGAAAGUUAGUUUAAUAUUUAAAUAAAAUACAAAUGACCUGUUAAGUAUAUUUAGUUCGUUGAAAUUAUUUAUAAUAGAAGUAUAACUUCUUACGUGCGUACAAAGUACACACACAUUCUUUUUUGACAUUUUGAUUAUUUAAACAAUGUUCCGGACCUUUUUAAGAGGGAGGAUAACUCAAAUAUUAUUAUUUGAGUUAUUUUCAAGCAAUUUUUGCAAAAAAAAAUUGAGUCACCUCUCAACGUCCAAAUGUACUUUUUACAGAUGCGUCCUGGUCUAAAAGUAACAAUACAUUUUUAAAGGAAAGAAUCCUGAAUGCAUAAUCUAAACUCUAGACAUAUAUCAGUAAUUCUUGAUUCUCAACUAUACCUUUUAGGAAUACAUUUAAGAUUGUUAACAAAGCACAAAACAAAUAUAAAUUGAUAAUAUUAUAAACGUAUGCCCAUAUAUCCUAAAUAAAACAGGAACUUAUUAUUUUACUAUUUUUAUUUAAAUCUUCCAUAGCUUAUCAAAAACACCGUAGAGAACGAGACGUGAAUCUCAAUCGUAAAAGCUUCUGCUGAUAUCAAGUAAGAAGUAUUUUGGUACUUUAUUAUUAAGGUGUGAUGGUGUAUUUUCUCCUAUUUGAUAUUAAUACUCAAGUCUUUAUUAUUAAUCCACUGAAAUGUUACAUUUUUCGAUGAAAACAACAUGAACAGAAUGGCAUAUUAUUAGAGGAUCGUUCUACUGAUAUAAAGGCAUUAAACAAAGAUAAUUUGGAACUAUUUCUCGUGCCAGAUCGGUACUCACCGGAGGGACCGCAGACGUUCUGAUACAAUUAGUGUUUCUUUGUAAAGGCAAUGAAGCCGACUUUACUAAGUAACAAGACAUUUACUCAACACACACGGCUGUGCACACAAACUUAAGUUUAACUUAACCCCCACUAUACCGUCGCAUCAAAGCAACAGUUGGAUAUGGCAUAUCCUACUGUUGCACGAAUGCACCGUAUAUGCGUAUAUAUACACACAACGCAUCGCUCCAAUAUAACUUAACUGGUUGAUCGGUGCACUCGUGCAACAGUAGGAUAUGCCAUAUCCUACUGUUGCUUUGAGGCGACGAUACAUGGAAAAAAAUAAAAGUGCUUUGUCUGAAAAUGUAACAUUUCAAUGUAUUAUACACGGUGGCUCAUCCUAUACGCCUCGGUCUCUGUACGGAAAGUGACUUCCAAUACAAGGUUUUGUUCUUCAUAGAAAUUUAUAGGGCCUACAACAUAAUAUAGACACUACAAUUUAAAAAGUUAUAUUUUUUCUUAUUGCACACUCAAGUAUUUGAUGACAUCUUUUAAUUUUCCUUAAAAAAUAAACUAUACGUUCGUAAGGGGUCUCUACCCAAAUAAAGGGUGUUUUGAUUUAUUUCCAUUGAGACUAAUUUUUCUUGGGUCUAAACUAUUUUUCAAAUUGAAAUAGAUAUUUAUUAUAACAAAAUUGUACAGGGUGGUCAAAAUAUUAGAUUGUUCUAUUAGCAAAUUCAAGCCGUAAUAAGGUACUCAUUUUAAAUUAAAUACCCUGUAUUUUAUUAGUCGCUCGUGUGGAAGUAAGUUUUAUCAUUUUAUCACAUUGGGUGUUUUAUUAUUUUAGUUGAAUUUGGCAUAUUUGUGUGACAUUGAAUAAAAUUCUUCAUAUUGAAUAAUGUUCUAUACUUUAUAAUGAAAGCUUUGAACAAAAUCAAUAACCACCUGUCUGAAGUUUAUAAGAUAACCACCUUGUAUAUUAUUUAAAAUUAUAACAUUAAACAAUCCGUGCUUUGUUGUUAUAAAAUGUUUUUUACAUAAUUAGGAAAAUAGGUUUUAUAUAUAUUUUUUCUUUACCUAUAUGUGUGUUAUUCCAAUUUUCCUAUCUAAAUAUCUCUAAACUAUUUAUACAACCCAAAAAGCACUAACUUUUUACAAUUUUGCACACCAUUUACGCUGUUACAAUAGAAAUGUAGUUAGCUAAAUUUUCUGAAAUUUAAAAUAAAAUUUUUUAUAUGUUAAAA